CUACAGAUCCUGAAAGUAAGGGAGGCAUUCCUCACAGAUUACGAAGUCCUUGCACACUUCAAAGAAAUUGAGGAACGGCAGAAGGAGACAGCGCAAGUACUGGGUUCAGCAGCUGCUCUGGGUUCAGCAAACUUCAGGACUAUUCAGUAUGAGCUUCUUGAUUACCUGAAAUCAUCUCCAGCAGCAAACUACACCGCGGAAGAAAUCGUUCAACUGUCCCAGGAUCUUGCACAGUUCGAUCUUACGAAGGCAGAAAGAUUACAGAUCAUUAACUCAAGACCAAAAGCUGCAGUGGAUUUGUACAACAUUGUUGAGGAGAUGGAGAACCGCUUGAGUGAAGAAGACAUG